GGCUGUUUCCAAGUUUUAGCUGUUGCAGACUGUCGCUGUAAACAUAGGUGCGUUGGAGACUCUGUUUAAAAGCAGGUUCUGAUGGCCAAAGUCUGGGUGGGACUCAAGAUUCUGUAUUUCUAGUAAAAGCCCAAGUGAAACUACCACUGUUGACUUACAGUUGAUUUCCUCCACUCACCCAUGCUCCCCGUGCCCCAGGCAGCUGUUUGUGAGACCUUGAAGACAUCACAAUGGACAGUCCCUCAUGCCCCAUCAGUAAGUACUGACAGUGCCAGGGCGAAGAAUGGGAUGAGGAAGACCCAGCCACUGCUGUGGGGUUGCAGAAGAAGCAGCCAUGUAAUGUGUAAUUGUAAAACAAGUGAUUGCUGAGCAGAAGAGCAUCCCACAUCUCUGGCUUUCUGUUUUUGAGAGCCUAGCUCCAUUUCAGGAUUCUGUCCUAUAGACCAAGUGCUACUGCCGCAACAAAGUGAAACAGGAGAAGCAUAGAUAUUCCUUGGAACCCACGUCAGGAGGUAGAGAAUAAAAUUCCAACACAAUGUCUCUCUUGAGAGGUGCUAAUCCAGCUAAAGACAGCCAGAUAGCAGAAUCUCACCAGUGGUAUUCGCUGCCAGAAUUAUAUGCAUUGAUUGAGAAUUUUAAUAAGGACAGUAAGAAAUCAAAUGUCCUAAAAACUCAUAGCAUUUCAUUUAAAGAAGCACAGAAACUACUUACUAAAAGCCUGAAUGCCAUGUUAUUCAUCAGCAGAACUGGUGUGAGAAGAGAAGACCCCCAGCCAGUCUUCAUGUGUACCACAGCUAAAAAGGAGCAGGAGAAGCCUCCAUGCAUGGCUGAGCUCCUGCACUGCAGCUUGCUGAAGGGCUUGCACUCCCCAGCACCUUGGUUUCCCAGGUCCCAAAAGAGACUGACUGAGGAUGGUAUCCCACUGCCCAUGCACCCUUUUCCUUACAAUGUUAUACAGGAUGGCUUAGAUGCUUUGUCAUGGGCUACCCCCGAGAAGACUCAGACCCCUCAGGUAUUAGACAGAUCUCACCUGCUGAAGCAAGUCUUUGAAGAUAAAAUUUCCAGAUACUUCUUAGUGGACCCAGAAAAACAAUUCAUGGAUCUAAGGGACCUAGAAUGGAGAUAUUUUAAGGGGCUGGCAAAGUGGAAGCACACAACUGUGGUUUCAUUCGUGGACAUAAAAUACAACAGUGAGAAGAGAUUUGUAAAGCGCCGGGACAUGUCUGAUGUUAUUUCUGUCCCUCUAAUACGUAAGUCUUUGGUCAUUUAUCCUUGUAUUGACUAUCAAGAAGAAGGAAAGUAUGAUCUUGAAUGGAAUAUAUAGUUUAUUGAAAAUAUUUUGGAUGUGGAUAUUUGCUUUUGAGAGCAUUGGAAAAGUGAAGAUGAGUCACCCAGUAUAACAUCUGAAUAAUAUUCAUGUAAAGCCUCCAAAUAAAAUACCAAUAUGGAGUAAAAGAUGCACAUUGAUCUGCUACUGUAAGAUUUGGUUUAGACCCAUAUAAUUGAUUUGGGCCAGGGCUAAAGCAGAUAUUAGUCCUAUAAAAAUAAAGGAUGCACACCAAUCAAGAAGAACAGCUCUUUAAUCACAUGACAUGGCCUGCACGAGGCCUUAGAUCAACCCAUGACAUCCCUCCCCCCAUAAAAAUUUAAAUACAUUAGGAAGCUCACCAUCAUAAAAACAGUUGAUAAAUUCAACAGGUGGAGGAAUUAACACCUGUGGAUAGAGGUCAGUCUGAGAAUUUUAACAAAUUAACUUGUUCAAGGUAUUAAGGAAGAAAGUAGCAUUCAUGAAAUGAGACCUGGAAGAUGUGCAAAAGGAACAAAUUGAAAACUUCAGAAAUGGAGAAGAAAGCCAUAAUAACAAUAAUGAUAAUAAUAAUAAUGCUCAGUAAAGUAUCCCACUGUUAUACUGGACUCAUGUGAAAGGCAGAGAGUGAUGAUUUAGAAGACAUCAAUGAAAAGCUUCCAGAUCAUGACACAGGAAGUGAGAAGAAAAAUUUGGGAAUAAUGGAAGGUGUGAUGAGAAGUUCAGAAACACUUUAAGAGAGAGUUGUACAAGAAAAAGGGGAGGCUAGUAUUAAACCUGAGCAUUCCUUUUGCAUAUGGAUUAAAUAAGUAAGUGACUAAUUUUUCAGAAAUGAAGAAACAAGGCUUGAGUUGAAAAAUCUCACUGAUUAGCAAGAAAUUAAAAAUAAUCUAUACUUGGAAACACUGCAGCAAAACUACAGAGCAGUAAACACUAAAGGACAGUGUCAUCUGACAGAGAUGGGCUACAUUCAAAGAAAUGACAAGCUAACAAGGACAGUUUCUUUAGCAACAGGUGUCAGAAGGUGAUGGUGUCAACACAAAAUGCCCAGGGACAGCUACACUCAUACAGAAUUUUACAUCCAGCCACACUCUCUGAAGAGUGGUGGUAAAAUAAAUACAUUUAAAAAUACAUUAUAUAAGACCCCUAAAUUGCUUAUUAUCCAUAAUCCCUUAAUAAAA